AGCGGCGGCGAAGGGGCGGGCUCGUGCCCGGAGUCCAUGUGGGCGCCGGCGCGGCACUGAGCAGCGCGGGGUCGCCAUGGCGGAGCUGCAGCAGCUCCGGGUGCAGGAGGCGGUGGACUCUAUGGUGAAGAGUCUGGAGAGAGAGAACAUCCGGAAGAUGCAGGGCCUCAUGUUCCGGUGCAGCGCCGGCUGUUGUGAGGACAGCCAGGCGUCCAUGCAGCAAGUGCACCAGUGCAUUGAGCGCUGCCAUGCACCUCUGGCUCAAGCCCAGGCCCUGGUGACCAGCGAGUUGGAGAAGUUCCAGGACCGCCUGGCCCGGUGCACUAUGCAUUGCAACGACAAAGCCAAAGAUUCAAUCGAUGCGGGGAGUAAAGAGCUUCAGGUGAAGCGGCAGCUGGAGAGUUGCGUGACCACGUGUGUGGAUGACCACAUGAACCUCAUCCCAACCAUGACCAAGAAGAUGAAGGAGUCUCUCUCAUCCAUUGGGAAAUAGAUGUCUGCUAUUGGCCAUCGGGGCUGAAGGCAGGAAUCUAUUUAAAAAGAGAAAUGGGGAUUUGGGUUUUCUAAAGAAAGUUUAUGAAUGAGGAAAUUAAGGACGGCAGCAAGUUUAAGGCCUAUAUCACUUGCCUCUGGACACUGGUUCCUUUGUGUUUGAAACCUAGAAAGUGAAAAAACCUGGUGCUAAAGUUGGGGUCAGAGAUAGCACAGGAGAGUUUUUGUGAGCCUGAAUUUCACGUGGCAAGUGCUUAUCCUGGCAACAGGGAGUCUCCCUUGUACCAAACCAGAGCCCUCCAAGGUACCAGAUUCUCUUAGUACACAGAUACCAACAGGCUGGCAGGUUCAUCUGACCUGCUUAUGAUCUGGUGGAGUGUGAGGAGAGAUGUUUCUAUUUGUUGCCAACCUCCUGUUUACCAGAGGGAUCACUACAACAUUUUCCACAAACUGGAAAUAAAACAAAAUCCAUGAGGUCACUAAUUUAGAAGGGGAAAGGGGGCUUCUGGGGAUUUGUUUUGCGUGGUUUUGUUUUAUAUGCAAGGGCAUGAAGCUACUUUAAGAUAUAGAGUUGGGAGAGGUAGUUUCGAUAAAAACUUUGAAAGGGUCCUUGUGGAUAUUCAUUUCUGGCCAUCAGGAUGUGGAUGCGCACUUCUUAAAAUUCUCACACAUGACAUUUUUCAGCCUGGAGACCCUGCAAAAAUAUAAGAAGCGCUAUCACACUGGUAGGGGAAGCAAACCUUCCCUCUGACUGGCAGCCAUGAUGAGCCCUGAGGCUGUCAGCAGCAGAGUCAGCCGAGUGACAAGACAAUCUUGCAGUGACACUCACCCUUGAAGGGAGAGGGGAUUUUGAUUGUGCUAUAUGCUAGUAUUCAAGAAUGAACAGUGAAAGAGGAAUUGUUAAGAGAGUUAUGAAGUACUGGCUUUGGAAAAAUCUGAUUUGCAUAAAACAAAAUAGAAUGAAAGCCAAAACCCAGUAUUGCUUACUUUGCCCCCUGUAAUAACAGAGCUCUGUUGAAACAAUCCCUUGGCAACACGAAGGUCAAAGGAGAAAAAGUAAGCAACUCAGGGGCAAGCUGUGACUCCUUUAGAGCAAAAAACGGGACAGCCCUCCGUUACCAAAUGCUAAUUUUGCGACAUGCGUUGUUCUUGCCCCAGUUCUGGCACCUUAUCGUUUUAUUAAGGACCUUGUUGUGUUUUUACCAACUUAUUACUUGAAAUGAUAAUGUAGCCUGUCUGUUUGCUGUUUCAAGACUGUGAUAUAUUUUCCUAGUGGUUUGGUUUUAAAAAUACAUAAGACUUAAUUUUUCUUCCA